AUGGUUCGCCACCGGCCUGAAAUGGACCCUCUAUUUCAGAGGUUUAGGUCUUUAACUUACGGAUCUCUGAUCCGCCCGUGCAUGGUUUUCGGUGCUCCCAUGGGACGACAGAAACAGACAGCAACCGUGGUAGGCCUGAUCACCGACAACGACGAGACAGUCUAUAGGGAGGAUGUCAGAGACCUGGCAGUGGUAAGAGUAGGCAACAACACAUCUGCCACGCUGAUCCUCAACAUGGGAGCCCCCAGGGCAAGACAAAAGGAGCUGAUCGUGGACUACAGGAAAAGGCGGACCGAACAGACCCCCAUUAACAUCGACGGGGCUGUAGUGGAGCGGGUCAAGAGUUUCAAGUUCCUUGGUGUCCACAUCAUCAACAAACUGUUGGAGUGGGUGGAGAUCAUAGAGCCGCGCACGCGGGAACGCAUGUAUGCCAAUCUCCUCACCGGAGAGUGUGUGUGGGACCCCCCUCAAGGGGUACGUAUUAAGAGGACAGGGGACAACCAGUGGUGGGAGCUGUUUGACCCCAACACCUCCCGCUUCUACUACUACAAUGCUUCCACGCAACGCACCGUCUGGCACCGGCCUCAGGCCUGUGACAUCAUCCCCCUCGCCAAGCUACAGACGCUGAAGCAGCACACGGAUGUUCCCUGCCCGGGAGGGGGAGGGACAGGGGGAGAAAGAGGGGGGAGGACGUCAGCUGAUAACAGCCCGGGAAGGAGCAGUGCAGUCAGUAGAGAGGGGAGCACCUCAUCUUCACUGGACCAGGAACUGACCGCAUCAGAGAAACAGGGGAACAGAGAGGAGGCAGACAGAACAUCUCCGUUCAGAUGGAACACAGGUACCAAGGAGAGGAUGCUGAUCAAGGUGACAGACAGAGAACCCAGCUUCCUCUCUCACCAGGGGAACGGUUACUCCCCCUGCGACCCCCCUACCCUCACCCCCGCACCUGGCACCGGCACCGCCUCCCGUACCCGCCGUUCCUCUGGAGGCCCCGCCACCCCUGACACCGGCCCCGACGGCUCUCCAAUCCUCUACGUCGACCGCCGCCAGUCGCCCUUCCUGAAACGUGCGGAGCUAGGGGGCGGAGGUAACAGGACACACCGUCGCCCCUCGGCCGACUCACAGCCCCCCUCCCCCCGCUACGCCUACGAACCACCCCUCUACGAGGAGCCCCCCUCGGAGUUCCAGCCCCCGCCCAUCUACGAGGAACCGCCCACAGACGUGAUGCACCACCUGGGCUCUGACUCCUCCUUGCUGUAUGGCACAGGAAAGUCCCCGGCCCGGGGAAAGCCCUCCUCGGCGACGCCCCUCUAUCACUCUCCCAAACAGAGCCACUCCCCCUACGGCCAGCUGGUGCUGACCAGACAGAAGUGUCCAGAGAAGACCCAGAGUCUGGAGUACAGCCCUGCUGGGAAGGAGUAUGUCAAACAGCUGGUCUACGUGGAACAGUCCUCCUCCAGCCCCCGUUCUAAGACAGCCGACCGGCUCCUUCACUACGGGACCUCCACGGCCACCCCAUCCUCCAUGGGAGGGUAUGGGGGCUCCUACGGAGGAUCCUACACCCUCCAACACAGCCAGAGUCUGAUACGGGACCCCCGGCUGCUGCUGGACUACGGGAGCGAGGAGGGGGGCGAGGGCGGAGGCCAGAGGUUGCUCUACGAGGACUCUAUGUCCUGGAGCUCCAGUCAGCACCACUCCCUCUCCCUCUCUGGGUCUACAGGUGGAGGGGGCUUCUCGCCCGGGGGGAACCGCAAACGCAAGACCCGGAAACCGUCCCUGCCCCAGGAGUUGGGAAGGUGUGGAGGGGGUGGUGGUGUUGGGGCGGACUGGGAGGAGGGUCCGAUGUCGGGGACCCUGUCAGAGGCAGUGUUGAACCAGGCCAGGCUGGCAUGGGAGGCCCAGCAAGUGAUGAAACAGAGGAGCAGUUGGGAAUCAGCCCCGGGGGAAGGGGGCACGGCCAGGGGCUCUAACCAGGGAGGAGGGUCAAAAGACGGGUACGAGAGUGAUGGGGCGGUGCCCCUGCCCCUGCCAGGCCCAGUGGUGAGGGCGUUUAGCGAGGACGAGGCGUUAGCACAGAGCGACGGGCACCGCGGGCAUUACCACUGGAAACGCAGCACCUUCGACAGACUGGGCUUCCCUCAGGCACUGCUGGAGAAGAGCCUGUCUGUACAGACCAACCUGGCCUCGCCUGAACCCUUCCUACACCCCUCACAGUCGGAGGAUCUUGGAGCGUGUGCUCAGUUCGAGGCGAGUCGGAAUGCUCGGAACAUGAUGCCCAGUGCCAGCUGUGGAGUGUUCCCAGAAUUCACCUUGAGGAAGCCGUCCUCCGAGACCGACAUUGAGAACUGGGCUUCCAAACACUUUAACAAACACACACAGGGUCUGUUCCGGCGCAAGGUGUCCAUAGCCAACAUGCUGGCGUGGAGCAGUGAGCCAAUCAAAAAGCCCAUGAUCGUGACGUCAGACCGUGCGGUGAAGAGAGAGGCGGUGGAGAUCUUUAAACUCAUCCAGACCUACAUGGGAGACCGCCGGGCCAAGACUGACCCGCUCAAUGUCGCCCUGGAGACUGGCCCCCUGAACAUCGCCCUAGAGGUGGCAGUGCGUGGUUGGAGCAGCCAGGGUCUUCGUGAUGAACUCUACAUUCAGCUGUGUCGUCAGACUACAGAGAACUUCCGCUACGAUAGUCUGGAGAGGGGCUGGGAGCUCAUGGCUGUGUGUCUGGCCUUCUUCCCGCCUACACCUCGCUUCCACUCCUACCUGGAGGGAUACAUCUACAGACACAUGGACCCCCUUAACGAUACUAAAGGAGUGGCGAUCAGCGGCUAUGCCAAAUACUGUUACCGUAAACUGCAGAAGGCUGCUCUGACCGGAGCGAAGAAGGGGUUGCAGAAGCCGUGUCUGGAGGAGAUUAAACACGCCAGGAACGCCAUCUUCAGCCCCUCCAUGUUUGGCUCUUCCCUGGAGGAAGUGAUGUCACUGCAGAAGGAGCGUUACCCCGACAGCCAGCUGCCCUGGGUCCAGACACGCCUCUCUGAGGAGGUCCUGGGUCUUAAUGGAGACCAAAUAGAGGGCAUCUUCAGGGUUCCAGGUGACAUAGAUGAGGUCAACGCUCUCAAACUGCAAGUGGACCAAUGGAAGAUCCCCACGGACCUGGAGGACCCACACAUCCCAGCCUCUCUGUUGAAGUUGUGGUACAGGGAGUUGGAGGAGCCGUUGAUUCCUCAUGAGUUCUAUGAGGAGUGUAUCAGUCACUAUGAUGACCCUGAGGCUGCAGUCAACGUAGUGAUGGGUCUUCCUCACAUCAACAAACUGGUGCUCUGCUACCUCAUACGCUUUCUACAGGUGUUUGGCCAGCCUGCCAACGUGGUGAUCACUAAGAUGGAUGUGAACAACCUGGCCAUGGUGAUGGCCCCUAACUGCCUGCGUUGCCAGUCAGACGACCCACGCAUCAUCUUUGAGAACACACGCAAAGAGAUGUCCUUCAUCCGCGUGCUCAUCCAGCGCCUCGACACUAGCUUCAUGGACAGAUUGCUAUAGCCCCCCAAACCCUGCUCCAUCACCCCAGGCCAACGACACAGGACCCCCAUUGCCCUGCUAUAGCCCCCCAAACCCUGCUCCUGUACCCCAGCCGAUGACACAGGACCCCCACCUCCCUGCUAUAGCCCCCCAAACCCUGCCUCUGCACCCCAGGCCAACGACAUGGGACCCCAACCUCCCUGCUAUAGCCCCCAAACCCUGCCUCUGCAACCCAGGCCAACGACAUAGGACCCCAACCUCCCUGCUAUUGCCCCCAAAACCCAACUCCUAUACCCCAGGCCAAUGAUACAGGACCCCCACCUCCCUGUUAUAGCCCCCAAACCCUGCUCCUGUACCUCAGACCAACAUCAUCGGACCCCAAUCCCCUUCCCUGCUAUAGCCCCCACUUUUAACUUCUCAACCAGAAACAGGAUGCCCCCAACUUCGACUGUACCCUUAAACCUCCCAAGGCCCCACCGGCCCCCAGACCCUGCUAUAGCCCCCAACAAUAACUGUACCCCCGACCAACUAGUUGGGACAUCCCCCAACUCCAACUACUGCCCACUAAACCCAGCUAUAACCUCCCAACUUCAACUACUGCCCACUAAACCCAGCUAUAACCUCCCAACUUCAACUACUGCCCACUAA